UGGGACUAUAUUGCAGCUGAUUUGCAGUGAUGCCCUGCUUUGGAACUGGUACCCCAGUACUGCGUGCAGAUGGGAGGCAUCAUUGACAAUCUCUUUGAACCACAUAGCAUUAGAAUAAGAACUGUUAGGAUGGGAAACAGCUAAGGUUUUAAGACUACGGAACUCCCUGCCACCACCCAGGUCUCAUCACGUAUGAAGCGCCAGUAGCAUCUUACUAUUUACUUUUUCACUUGUGCCAUAAGUGCACCUUCUUCUUUGUUAAUUUAUUUGUGGCAAUAUUACUUUGUGUUACUUGUGUGAGUCAUAUGCACUUUAGUCCAGAAGAGCAUUGUUUGGUCUGGAGGUUUUCAUGUACACGUUGAAUAACCAUAAACUGAACUUGAACUCGAACUUGUACGCCUGCGAUGGUUUUAUGGCAUUGGCCUUGCCUCUACAACGGGGACUAUGACAGUUUUUUUUGGGGGGAGGGGGUAUAUCCGAAUAUUGGGGUUGAUUCUUCUGCAGUGGCGAUCGAAGUCUCUUCCGUGAUUCUUAUAUUCCUCUGCUAGGGAUGAGCUCGGUCUUUUUGAUGCAAUACCUCCACGCCAUUGCAGAUUUUUAUAAAGGAUUGCCGUCCUGAAACUUGCACCGUUUAUUUUACCACUGCUGAGACUUGGCUUUGAUUUCCCCUGACCUAAUAUUAGAUACCCCUUCACUGGGGGGCAAGAUGUCCGAGUGUUUGAUGCCUGUUCGUUCCACUGGAGUGAGGUGACUGCGGCUUUAAAGUUGUUUCGGGCGGAGCUGCAGGAAGUGACGGGAGAUCCCGGGAGGAGAAGUUGGGAGAGAGUUUGAGAGCGAAGUCGGGGGGAGUAGUUGGGUUUCAAGGUGAAUGACUUCGGGUUUCCCGGGAGUGUGCUGUGGCGUCAGGGGGAGUUGCUGAAGCUGCUGCCCCCACGAUGCUCGCCGCGCUCCCGCACCCCCGCCGGCCGUCGCUGCUGCUGCUCCUGCUGGCCGUGAUGUGGGUGGCUGGAGCCGGACCGGCGCAAGCCCUGGUGGCGGGGCUGAAGGUCCGAAUCCGGCAGGCGGACGGGCAGGUCGGCGAGGAGGCGCUGGAGGCGGACACAGACACCGACUCCAUCAGCAUCGAGUUCAAGAACAGCGACGGGAGUCUCAUCACCCUCAUCGCAGACUUACGGAAGGAAGUGAAGAUUAUCCGUUCCCUGAUCUUGGGGGAGAUGGAACGAGGUCAAACACAGUUUCAGGGUCUGUGUUUCAUCACCAGGCUUCACAAGAAUGAAAUUAUUCCCAGUGAAUCCAUGGCAAAACUUCGACAGAAGAACCCAAGAGCGGUGCGCGUGGCAGAGGAGCAGCGCGGGCUCGAGCAUUUAUACAUGGACGUAGUAGUGAACUACAGCAAGGCCAGUCAGCUGAGCGCCCAUGUACACAAUGUCUGUGCAGAGGCCACAGACGGCAUCUACGCAAGAGAGAGCGACGUGAAACACUGGAUAAACUCAGGUGUCGACAGUUCAAUCUUUGAAGCAAUCCGCGUGUCUGAAGACGUUCCACGAUGCCGGGCCAGUCGGGAAUGGUGGAAGGGUUGCAUCUGCCGCUACUCCUUGUGUGUGGAAUGGUACCCUUGCUUCCUGAAAUACUGUCGGACAAAAGAUGCUACUGGCAAAACCAGUACCUACAAGUGUGGCAUCAAAAGCUGCCAGAAAUGUUCCCAGUUUGAUUUCUAUGUCCCACAGAAACAGUUGUGUUUGUGGGAUGAGGACACUUAAUCCCUGUCCCUCCCCACCCACUGCUCAUAUUUGAUGGGGAGGGGUUUGGGGUAAACCUGAUAACUAGUUGUGUGCCAAACAUAGACUGGCAACCAGUUUCAGAGCUCUCAUGUUGUGAUCAUUGAGGGAAGAUCCCAGAGUUUCAGAACGAGUCCAUGUGGGAUGGUGUAUUUGGAUUAGAUUUUUUUUUCAAUGUGAGGGAACACAUCCAGCUCUUGGGCACUCAGCUGAAGCUGGGGGCUGAGAUUGGCGGGAUUACUGGAGUUUGGAGGUUUGGGCUUUGUCUCCGGUACAAGGACUUGUUCUGUGGUAGGUCUAUUCCCACAUUUGGUGCAUCUUUUACAUUUCAAAAAAGAUUUUUUUUUUAAAUUUUUGGAGUUUGAAGAAUCUUCAGAGACCCUGAAUGUGUAAACUGAGCUUUAUUUGUGCUUUUUGAAGGACUGCAGAUUUUGGCAUUGAGCCAUUUUUCAGAAAUUGAAUUUGUUUCUCCAAUAACCUUUCCACAAGGGAUUGCCUUGUUUACUUUGUGGAGAGUUUGAAUUAACUAAUGCUAUAUUUUAAGAAAUCUCCGUGUUCUAGGAGUUUAAGUGGUGAUAAUUUCAAUGCCCUGUUUUACCAAUAUUGCUGAUAUUUUAUCCAGAACUGGCUCCUUGUUGACUACAAGAAUGGUUGGCCCAUUCAGCCUUUGAAUGGUAGAAACCAGCGACUGGCUGCAUGGACAUUUUCUGAAACAUUUUUCAAAGUCAAGUCAAGUUUAUUGUCAUUUAACUAUAUACAUGUAUACCGUCAAAUGCGACAUUUCUCCAAACCAGGGUGUAAAGCACGGUAGUACACAUAACGCAUAAUAACUUACGAAAGUAAGGAUGAAAUCUACAGAUGGAUUAUACAUAAAUAAACAAACUAAAGUGCAUAAAUUAAAUAUUGUAGGGUACAGAGUAGAUUAACCAGUGAUACUUUGCAGCCAGGGAUUCAGAAGCCUAGUGGCCUGACGGAUGAAACCGUUUCCCUUUCCUGGCUGUUCUUGUUUUUAUGUAUGGUAGUUUCUGCCUGAUGGUAGAAAGUCAAAGGAUGCUGAAUGGAUGGGUGGGAUCCUUAAUAGUACUAAGGGCCCCGUACAUGCAGAGCUCCUGAAAAAUGUCCCCAAUGGAUGGUAGGAGACCCCUAUGAUCCUCUCAACCAUUCUCACCGUCCUUUUAAUGAGUGGUAGUGGAAAUAUCCCUUUAUUGGGUCAACAUUAGAAGUGUACUUCAUCCUGUACCCGAUGUGCCUUGGAUUGUUGGGUAAACUUAUCCAACACUCAAAAGAUUUUCUUACCAUUUCACUAUAAUAUGACCAGUGGUUUAUUAGUUUACAUAAAACAUACAGUGCAGCCACCCUUACUAAUUCAGUGGUCAGGAAUUGAAUCCACAGCUAUUAGAGCUUUAAAUAUUAACCACUAAACUACUAGUGCUGUUGCUGAUGCAGUGUAGUAUUACAAGAAUGUGAAGAUGAUGGCUUGACCAGAAUUCCAGUUAUUGAUCCACUGAGAACAGUCAUGGAGAUUAUUACCCAAUACAGGAGCAACCAGCAGUUUGAAUAAGAUGCUCCUUUGCUCUGACAUUAGAAGAUUGUAUCCUCUUUUAAUCUGCCAGAGGAGGUAAAGCUAUCUCAGUACAGAGAUGCAGGAAAGGAAGUUCAGAUUAGUACCUCCUUUCCCCAACUCAGGAGUUCCACCUAGUCUUAUUAUUUGAUCUUCCCAAGUGAAUAAAUAUUAUUCUGCUUGCACGCCUUCCUCCUUGGACCAGCCUGUCUGUCUUGAAGCUCAAAUUAUUGACUGGAAUAAUGGGGGGGGGGGGUCCAUAUUUUCACCAAUUACUUAAUUCAUGAUAGUAAAUUAAAUCGGUGGUCUCCAUUUUGUGUUCCUAUCUUUAUUUACCGAAUUCCACAAAAAGAAGGCUCCUGAAUCCAACUAAAGUAGUCUCCAUCCUGUGAAACUUAGCCAAAAUUUCCGGAGAUUGAAGAGUGAGGUCAGAUUAACAAGUACUACAGCCUUAAUUUGAGAUCUCCAGCAUCCAAAGUUUUUUCUGUUUUCAAAUUAAAGAAUUUAUUCAUUGUAAGAAGGAAGUCAGGGAGGUGCCUGGAAGUAAAGAAUAUUGUGAAAGUAUUGAGUUUUUAUUGAUGCUUUUUCUUAGGAAAAUUAUAUAAAGUAGAAAUUUAAUGAGACAAAGUAACCAAAGAUCCUAGCAACUGCACUGAGCUACUUUUAAACUGACACAUGCACUUUCUGAGGCGAGGGUGUGUGUGCGUGCGUGUGGACAAGCUAGUGAGGGUGCGGUGGAAAGAGGGUAAGCUCUUGCACACAAGCACAUUCCCUUCACUACUUCAAUAACCUCUUGGCUUCUAGGCAUUUCACAGCAGAUAACUAAAUGAGAGUUCCUGGCCUAAACAUUUUAUAUUUUUUUUAAAGCGCCAGACGGAAUAUUAAACACGAGAUUCCACAGAUGCUGGAAACCCAGAGUAGCGUGCACAAAAUGCUGGAGGAACUCAGCAGAUCGAGCAGCAUCUGUAGAAAAGAAUAAACAGUUGAUGUUUUGGGCUGAGACCCUUCAUCAGGAGUACGCCGGCUGGUGGCGUAGUGGCAUCAGCGCCGGACUUCGGAGCGAAGGCUCCCGAGUUCGAACCCAGGCACGCUUUCCAUCCGUGCUGGGUUGAGCGUCGAGCUAGCAACUCGGCCUCGUGAAAAAGAAAUUGCCUGCUACAGAAACACCAACAGCAAAAAGUUGAUGGCCUAUGCUCUCUUGUGAGUUUAAAAGGCAAUUUCCUUUCCUUCCUCCAUCAGUCCUGGAAAGGAAGAGGGGUGACCUUAUUGAAACUUAUUGACUGGUGAAAGGUCUUUAUAGAGUGGAUGUGGAGAGGGAUGGCUUCAUAUGGUGGGAGCGUCUAGGACCAGAGGACACAGCCUCAGAAUAGAGGGGCAUCCUAGAACAGAUGAGGAAUGUCUUCAGCUAGAGAGAGAUGAAUCUGGGGAAUUUGUUGCCACAGGUAGCUGUGGAAGCCAAGUGUUUAUGUAUAUUUAAGGCAGAGGUUGAUAGAUUCUUGAUUGGUCAAGGCUUGAAGGGAUAUAGGGAGAAGGCAGGGGAUUGGGGCUGAGAGGAAAAAUUGGAUCAGCCAUGAUGAAAUGGCAGAGCAGACUCAAUGGGCCUAAUAGCCUAAUUCUGCUCCUAUAUUUUAUGGUCUAAACCAGAUUAUUCUUGUGUGUUGCUCUUAUUCUAGCUUCCUUCCCCUUCCUUUGCCAUCCUGAUGAAGAGUUUCGGCCCAAACUCUCGAUAGUAUAUUCCCCUGCAUAGAUGUUGACUUCCUCCAGCAUUUUGUAUGUGUUAUUCCAACCAGAAUAUCUGUGACUUGUAUGAGAAUUGACGCUGGGCCUCAACUCCUUGAACCAUGUCUGAUACUCUACAACGGGGGUUCCCAACCUUCUAAAGACCAUGGACCAAUACCAUUAAGCAAGGGGGCCAUGGACCCCAGGUUGGGAACCCCUGCUCUAAAACAACAUGUUCCCAGGUUGUGCAGCUAAAAUUAUAUUUUUGUUGCUGACUCUGUGCUUCUAAAUGUCCAUUCUGUUUGUCUUCUGGUUGGAAACAGCAAGGUGAAUGUGAUAACUAGUGGAGAUUCAUAUGAGAGAUGGUGAGGCAGUGCCUCGUUUUGGUGAAACUGCCAGUUAUUGAACCAUUAAGUGGCCAAGACCCAGCAAGGGACAGUGUCGUUAGUCGAACCCAGUUCCCUGACCAAUUGGACAUGGUGACAGUUCUCCAAUUCUAAUUCCGCACCUUCUCUUUGGGAGAUGAGUUUGGAUAAUCUGGUCUUGGAUGCUAUUGAUCAACAUUUUGCAAGGUCCUGAAGGAACGACACUGUUUCAAGUGAACGUUUUGUGUGUUGUAGCUGUCUCUUUGAGGGAUCUUUUUAGAAUAGAAGCUGAUUAUAUUGAUGUCACUACAAUCCAUAUUACUAUUCCAGGUGUGAACGUGUUCACGAUUGCCCAAUUUGGGGCUUUAGAGGGUCUGAGCCAGCAACGUGUCAUUAGGCCUGUGCCUGCUUUGAUUGGCUACCUAUAGAGGUGAUAUUGUGGAGACACCAGAGCCUUGGACAAAACCUCCUGGAGGUGCCGUGGUAUCAGUGAGAAUAUUAAUGGAGUCUUGUAGGAGGGGUCGUGUGGUUCUGGGAAAUUGUUAAGGGGGGUCUGCAGCAUGAAAAAGCCUUCACCUAAAUAACUGAAAUCUCACAAAAGUGCCUUUGGUUCAGUGUUUCAGAAUUCCUAACAAAUUAUUUUUGUAUUAAUGUGUUUUAAAAAUAAAAGAUGACUUUAUUCACUGACUUUCCAUGUUUUUCCU